AUGGAACUCGAUGAGGAGGCCACAGAUGCGAGUGUAACUGAGCGGUGUGAUAUGGAUACACGGUAUCGUCGCGUUAAGGGCUUUCUUCUACGAAAGCAACCACCUCCUACGGCCGCGCAAAAUAUGUCGAAUGAGUCGAUGCUAUUAGCGAGCUCGACACUCAAUAGUUCGGGACGAUCAGGUGCAGUAAAUUUGCGGCUUCCAAAAAUCGAAUUGCUUACGUUCGAUGGCGAUUCCACCAAGUGGUUAACGUUCCGCGACCGAUUUGUGGCGAUGAUUGACAGUGCCAGUGAGAUACCGAAUAUAAUGAAGCUGCAGUAUCUGCUGUCCUCCUUGAAGGGCGAGGUUGGUUUGCUUUUCGAGCACACCACAUUGACAGCAGACAAUUACGAGGUGACGUGGGCUGCUUUGCUGAAGCGGUACGAUAAUCCACGUACGCUGAUCCGGGAGUACUAUCGGAAAAUUCAUCACCUGCCGGCAGUGAGCUGUGACAACGUGGACGAUUUGGCGCUGCUCGUCGAUGAAUUCACGCGGCAUGUGAACGGGCUGAAGAAGCUCGACGAACCGGUGGACACCUGGGACACGCCGCUCGCCAACCUGCUUCUGAUGAAGCUGGAUCCGUCGACUAUUCUGGCAUGGGAGAACCACUCAGCGCAACAUAAAAAAGAUAAGUACAAGGAAUUAGUAGACUUUUUGCAAGAUCGUGUACGAAUAUUAAAAUCAUCGCGCGAGUUUUCCAAUAGCGGUGAAGGCAGUUUGAGAAUGGUGGACGGCAACAGAAGGGUCUCCGACCAUAGGCCGAGAAUUAUGGGCAAUGCUGCAACUGCAAGGAGAACUUCGCCGAAUGUUUCAGCUCAACAGUGUGUUUUGGGUUGUGCAGAGCUUCACAAUCUGCGCAAUUGUCCUGCAUUCUUGCGAAAGGACGUACAGCAACGCCGUGAAGUAGCCACCCGUGAGCGACUGUGUUGGAACUGCCUCAAUCGCAGUCAUCAUGUGAGGGAUUGUCGUUCCGCGUUUAAAUGCACUACGUGCAACGCACGCCAUCACUCCUUGCUGCACGUAACGCCAAUUGUCACAAUGGUUGCGCAGUCGGAUGAUGAAGUGGUUCUGCUGGAAACAGUCCAACUACAACUGGUAGAUGAUCAUGGCAAUAAACAUACAGCACGAGCACUGUUAGAUUCCGGAUCGAUGUGCAACUUUAUCUCCGAAUCUAUGGUCCAUCGACUGUUGACACCGCUGUCCAAAGUAAGCAUUGCUGUAUCGGGUAUAGGGCAAAUCAAACAGCACGUGAAGGGUUCCAUCACAGCGACCGUUCGAUCGCUAGGAGAAGACUUCCAUUCGUCAAUGGAAUUUCUAGUGCUCAAGACUCCGUCAGCUGAAAUUCUAACCAUUCCCUUAAACAUUGCGAAAUGGAACAUCCCAAACGUACAGUUGGCAGACUCGUCUUUCCACGUUCCGGGAAAGGUCGAUGUUGUAAUUGGUGGAAGCACGUUCUGGGAGAUACAUACUGGAAGGAAACAGUCAUUGGGUAACGGAAGGCCAUGGCUGAUAGAAACUGCGUUUGGAUGGGCGGUCUCGGGGAAUACUUCCCAACUUGCUGGCCCCAAUCUACGAUUGUGUCACACGGCCGCCAACGAAGGUGCCAUCGAACGCUUGCUCCAGCGGUUUUGGGAGGCUGAGAGUAUUAUGGAAGGUCCUGCCUUGUCAAUUGAGGAGGACAUGUGCGAAAAACAUUACGUAGCUACCACGAGCCGUAAUGCACAAGGUCGCUACAUUGUGUCUUUGCCGCGAAGCCCCAAACCUGAAAGAACGCUGGGUUUGUCAAAAGAGAUAGCAGAUCAUCGUUUACUGGGUGUAGAACGUCGACUGAAGGCCAAUCCUGAAAUGGAAAGGGAAUAUAUUAAAUUUAUGAGAGAGUAUGAGUCGUUGGGACACAUGAUCAAACUCACGGAACCCGUUGAUGACAACAAACCACAUUGCUACAUUCCUCAUCACGCGGUAGUCAAAGAGACCAGUACAACAACCAAGGUGCGUGUUGUUUUUGAUGCAUCCUGCAAAACAACAUCUGGCUACUCGCUAAACGAUACUCUGCUGAUUGGUCCAACAGUGCAGGAUGAUCUGCUUACAAUUAUCCUACGCUUUCGAAAACACGCUGUCGCAAUAGUGGCAGACGUAGAGAACAUGUACCGGCAGAUUCGUCAUUGUGAAAACGAUCGAAAUCUAUUGCGCAUACGUUACCGUGAAUGUCCCUCCGAUCCCAUUUCCACGUAUGAGUUGCAAACGGUGACCUACGGUACCGCAACAGCACCAUUUCUAGCUACUCGAACGCUACAACAAAUUGCGCACGACCACAAACAACAAUACCCUUUGGCAGUCGACCCAGUGCUACAUGACUUUUAUGUGGAUGAUUUGUUGACUGGAGCAGAAGAUGUAGUAGAGGCCGUUGGAAUGCGAACGCAAAUUACGCAAAUGCUUGAAUCGGCAGGUUUCCUCUUGAAGAAGUGGGCAUCUAACGUCUCCGAAGCGCUUGAAGGAGUUCCGAGCGACGAUCUAGCGAUCAAACCAGUUCUAGACUGGCAGGAAGAUCAAGCGAUUUCAACAUUGGGCUUGGUUUGGGAACCGUCUAACGACAUGCUACGGUUCAGAGUCGACCUUCCACGACCAGCUCAAGAGCUUACGCGAAGUUUGGUCUUGUCUUACACGGCCAGAAUCUUCGAUCCCCUGGGCCUACUAGGGCCAACGGUAAUACUUGCCAAAUUGUUUCUGCAGCGAUUAUGGGGGUUGAAGCAAGACGGCAAAACGCUUGAUUGGGAUCGCGCACUACCAAUGGACCUGCAGGAGGAAUGGAGAAAGCUGCACAAUACAUUGUACUCGCUACGCGAAUUACGAGUGCCUCGGUUUGUUUCACAAUCCGGCACAGAAGACCUGCAGCUACAUGUAUUCGCUGAUGCUUCACAAGGAGCAUAUGGAGCAUGCUGCUAUGUACGAGCAGUAUCAGCAAGAGGCAUCCAGGUCAGAUUACUAGCUGCCAAGUCCAAGGUGGUAGCGUUAGCAACCACGAACUCAAUCGCCCGGUUGGAGUUGUGUGCAGCACGGCUAGCAGUACACCUGUUUCAGAAGGUGGUUUCUGCACUCAAGGUGUCAGCUACGGCUAUCUGUUGGACAGAUUCGAUGACAGUAAUGCACUGGCUGAACUCAUCACCGCGUCGCUGAAAACCAUUUGUGGCCAACGGGGUGGCACAAAUACAGGAAGAAACGCAUAUCUCCAGCUGGCGCCAUGUUCCUGGAGUUGAUAACCCGGCGGAUGACAUCUCGCGCGGGCUGAGUCCGGAAGAAUUGCUGCAGUGUACACGUUGGUGGCAUGGACCGAGUUGGCUGUCCUACGGACAAGAGAAGUGGCCCCAUGAUCAACCGGCGAUGAAGGAAGGCGAGGCUGACAUCGAAGAGCGACUGGCAGUCUCACACAUUGUCACUACAUCUACGAUGUGUGAUUUUAGCAACAUACUGUUCGCCAAAUACUCAAGGUAUGGCAAGUUAAGGAGAGUUGUGGCUUUCUGCUUGCGGUUCAUCACAAUGCUUAAGGCAACCAAGGCAUCAUCGUGCAAGCGCGUUAAGGUAAAAGCGGACAUCAAGACGUUGCUGCACUCCGUUCUACCGCUUACAGCAGAGGAGCUACAGCAAGCUGAGCUGCGUUUGUGCCAGCUAGCACAACAGGAGUCGUUCGCGGAAGAGCUGGUCGAUCUACAACGAGGGAAACAGGUUAGUGCGAGAUCGAAGCUGAAGUGGUUGUCUCCAUACAUCGACGCAUAGGGUGUGUUACGUGUCGGUGGCCGGCUAGGUAAUGCCAACAUCCCAGAGGUAACGAAGCAUCCGACAGUCCUUGCAGCAUCACAUCGUCUGUCAGUGCUAUUGGCAGAAAGGGUCCAUCAGCAGGAAAUGCACGCCGGACCACAAGCAAUGUUAACCAUACUGCGGCAGAAGUUUUGGUUGAUUGGAGGCCGAAAUAUGGUAAAGCGUGUGUAUCACCAGUGCCACACUUGCUUUAGAAACAAGCCGACGUUGGUGAAACAGGCGGUAGCGGAUUUGCCUGAGUCACGGGUAACACCAACGAGACCGUUUGCGGUGAGUGGGGUGGAUUAUUGCGGUCCGUUCUUGUUGAAGUCUACGAUCCGCAAUCGCAGUCCCACCAAGGCGUAUAUCGCAAUAUUCGUCUGCUUCGCGACCAGGGCAGUUCAUAUCGAACUGGUGAGUGAUCUCACAUCGACUGCAUUUUUGGCUGCAUUACGUCGUUUUGUCGCGCGGAGAGGGAAGGUUGCUGAAUUGCAUUCAGACAAUGCAACAACAUUCAAGGGGGCAGCGCAUGAACUGCAUCGUAUCUACAAGAUGCUAAAAAUCGAUGAGGUUGAUAGGAGAGGGAUUUUUGAUUGGUGCGCCGAAAAUGAGAUGGUGUGGAAAUUUAUCCCUCCGCGUGCACCUCAUUUUGGAGGUCUUUGUGAAGCGGCAGUAAAAUCGGCCAAAAAGCACCUUCUAAAAACAAUAGGAGUUAGUAGCAUUACACAGGAGCAUAUGCUUACCCUUUUAGCUCAAGUUGAGCAAUGUUUAAAUUCUCGCCCGUUGGUACCGUUAUCCGACGAACCAACUGAUUUGGAAGCAUUAACCCCGGCUCAUUUUCUGAUAGGUUGUAGUAUGCAGGCAGUACCGGAGGUUGAGUUAAGUAAGCUUUCUUCCAAUCGGUUAAAAGAGUACCAAGUAGUGCAAAAGCAUUUACAAGUAAUUUGGUCCCGGUGGUACCCAGAAUAUUUGCAGCAGCUGCAAGCCAGAGCAAGGCACGCAAACAAUGCGCCGGUCAAGCUAGAAAUAAAUCAGCUAGUUAUAGUAAAGGAAGAUAACGUUCCACCUACCGUUUGGCCGAAAGGGCGAAUAACUGCUUUACAUCCGGGUAAAGACGGUGUAGUUAGAGUAGUUACACUACGAACAGGCACAGGAAAGGAAAUCGUCAGAGCAGUAAAUAGGAUCGCAUUGCUACCUAAUCCCAUUGAGCAGCAAAGGUUAGAAUGUCGCGCAGCUUCACCACGUGAAAUAUAGUAAACAAACCUUGUUGACAUUAGCGAGAUGUCAAGUGUUAUAGGUCAGCUAGGUUUAUACUUUGCUCGCUCACUUCUUUAUUUGAAUUUAUGGCAUUUUUGAAAUUUAAAAAAGAAUUCUCUUUUGGUGGCCGGAAUGUUUGAAUUUCAAUGUAUAUAUUUAUUUGAAUUAUAUUUUGGCAUGAAUUAUGGGAUUAUGGUAACGGGAUUAGAAACAGACAACACUUGAAGGCUACAAUAUAAACAGGGAAAUAGAUGAGGAUGAAAUGAACUAUGUAAUGAAUUAUAGCAUGUACAAAUGAACUCAAACGGACAAGUGAAUACACAUUAGCAAAGUGAAAGUUCAA